AGGAUCCAGAGCUCAAGCUUGUGUCCAUAACAGAUAUUCCAGUGUAAAUGGUGAGAAGAUGAGCUGCUGCAUUUUGGACAAGCUGAAGUUUGGAAGGCGAGGACAUAAAGAAUCCAUUAAGAAGGAAAUUACAAUAGUUAAGAGGAGAUGAAGAGCAGUGUGGUGCAAACUAUCUGAAGUAGAAUGGAAGCUUCAGUAAUAUUACCCAUUCUGAAGAAAAAAUUGGCUUUUCUUUCAGGAGGGAAGGACAGAAGAAGUGGCCUCAUCCUGACAAUUCCACUAUGCCUUGAACAGACGAGUAUGGAUGAGCUGAGYGUCACACUAGACUACCUUCUCAGUAUCCCAAGUGAAAAAUGUAAAGCUAGAGGAUUUACUGUGAUAGUGGAUGGCAGAAAAUCUCAGUGGAAUGUGGUAAAGACGGUUGUGUUAAUGCUGCAGAAUGUUGUUCCAGCUGAGGUAUCACUUGUUUGUGUAGUAAAGCCAGAUGAAUUUUGGGACAAGAAGGUUACGCAUUUCUGCUUUUGGAAAGAGAAAGAUAGACUUGGAUUUGAGGUUAUUUUAGUAUCUGCCAACAAGCUCACUCGAUAUAUAGAACCAUGCCAACUAACAGAAGAUUUUGGAGGAACUCUCACCUAUGAUCACAUGGAUUGGUUGAAUAAGAGGCUGGUAUUUGAAAAGUUCACGAAAGAAUCAACAUCUUUGCUAGAUGAGCUUGCUCUAAUUAACAAUGGAAGUGAUAAAGGAACUCAGCAAGAGAAAGAGAGAUCAAUAGAUUUGAACUUUCUUCCAUCAGUUGAUCCUGAGACGGUACUCCAGACAGGUCAUGAGCUACUAUCUGAGUUACAACAGCGUCGAUUCAAUGGCUCGGAUGGAGGGGUGUCCUGGUCUCCAAUGGACGAUGAGCUGCUAGCCCAGCCGCAGGUCAUGAAGCUGCUGGACUCGCUCCGAGAGCAGUAUACCCGCUACCAGGAAGUUUGUAGACAACGCAGCAAGAGAACCCAGCUAGAGGAGAUUCAGCAGAAGGUGAUGCAGGUUGUGAAUUGGCUUGAAGGACCUGGAUCAGAACAGCUAAGAACCCAGUGGGGAAUCGGUGAUUCGAUUAGAGCCUCGCAGGCUUUGCAGCAGAAGCAYGAAGAAAUCGAGAGUCAACACAGUGAAUGGUUUGCUGUUUAUGUUGAGCUUAAUCAGCAGAUUGCAGCCCUUCUAAAUGCCGGGGAUGAGGAGGACCUUGUGGAGCUGAAGGCGCUGCAGCAGCAGCUGAGCGACGUGUGUUACCGGCAGGCCAGCCAGCUGGAAUUCAGGCAGAACCUGUUGCAAGCAGCACUGGAGUUCCACAGUGUUGCCCAAGACUUGUCUCAGCAACUGGAUGGCUUGCUAGGAAUGUUGUGUGUAGAUGUAGCGCCAGCAGAUGGGGCUUCAAUUCAACAAACUUUAAAACUGCUAGAAGAGAAGUUGAAAAGUGUUGACUCAGGCUUGCAAGGCUUGCGUGAGAAAGGUCAAAGUCUUCUUGAUCAGAUAUCUAAUCAGGCAUCAUGGGCCUAUGGAAAAGAUGUAACCAUUGAAAACAAAGAAAAUGUGGACCACAUCCAAGGAGUGAUGGAAGAUAUGCAACUUAGAAAACAAAGGUGCGAGGAUAUGGUAGACGUGCGUCGACUAAAGAUGCUUCAGAUGGUGCAAUUGUUUAAAUGUGAAGAAGAUGCUGCUCAGGCUGUAGAGUGGUUAAGUGAAUUGCUGGAUGCUCUGCUCAAGACGCAUAUCCGUUUGGGAGAUGAUACUCAAGAAACUAAAGUUUUACUGGAGAAACAUAGAAAAUUCGUUGAUGUUGCACAGAGUACUUACGAUUAUGGGAGACAGUUACUGCAGGCUACAGUUGUGCUGUGCCAGUCCCUGCGAUGCACUUCGAGAUCCUCGGGGGACACCCUCCCGAGGCUGAACAGAGUGUGGAAGCAGUUCACAUUAACCUCUGAGGAAAGAGUACAUAGGCUGGAAACUGCUGUUGCAUUUCAUUCAAGUGCUGAAAAAAUUUUGCAAGAAUGUCCAGAGCAGCCUGAAGCUCUUAAUGAAAUGGAACAAUUCGAUGAAAUUGAAGCUGUUGGGAAAUCGCUGUUGGACAGACUAACAGUGCCUGUAGUUUAUCCUGAUGGUUCUGAACAGUACUUUGGGAGCCCAAGUGAUAUGGCUUCUGCAGCAGAACACAUCAGAGAAAAGAUGAAGCUAGUUAGCCUGAAAAAGCAACAGCUGAGACAACCAGAAGCCACUACGCCAGAGAGCUAAUAGACUGACCCUUGUCUAUCAAUUCAUCAUAGGACUUCAGUUUGUAAUCCAGCAUGUUGUUUGCAUAUUACAGAAUUUGGCAUAAUAUAUUAAAAUGCAUUUCACAGCCGUUAAAAAAAUUCUUUAUUUCAAAUUAAAUGUUCUCAGUAUCUUAACACUGUACAUCUAUCAAGCCAUAAUUAUUUAACAUGCUAUGAAACCACAGAUUCCAAGUAUCUUAUGAAAAGGAGCUGUAAACUUUGCACUGAAAUUUGCUGUAAAGCUUUACCUGACCUGUCAGCUGCUUCUUAGUUAAACAGCUGAUGCAAGCUUUGAAUGGUGCUAAAGAAAGYAUUAGGAAUUCCACCUUAAAAAAUUGUAGCUCUUUGCUUCCUCUGUCCCCAGGUGAUGUAGUCAUUUUAGACUGUGGGCAAGUACCUGCAGUGUAGACAGUGGUGACCUUAUAAU